CCGGAGCCGGGAUCUCCACUAAGAGUUCGGGCCUGCAGGGGCGGGGCCUCCUGGGCCCCGGGCAUUGGUGUGGCCGGGAGCCUUCUCCCGUCGUGCACCGGGGCACCGGCCACUCACCCGGAAGGAGAAGCCGAGAUUCUGGCUAUAUGGUGCGGCUCUGGCGGUGUCGCUGUGGGGAGUGGGUGCUGCUCUCAGGAGCCAGCCUGGAUCAUUUGUUGGCAGUACAUAUUGGCUGAAGUCAGUUUUCAUUUCAAGAUGUAUUCUUCCAAUGGGCUUUCAGUGUAGGAUGUUGGAAAACCAAGAGCAGGAGGAGGUGAUCACUGUGCGUGUUCAGGACCCCCGUGUGCAGAAUGAGGGCUCCUGGAAUUCUUAUGUGGAUUAUAAGAUAUUUCUCCAUACCAACAGCAAGGCCUUUACUGCCAAGACGUCCUGUGUGCGUCGCCGCUACCGUGAGUUUGUGUGGCUGAGGAAGCAGCUACAGAGAAAUGCUGGUUUGGUGCCUGUACCUGAACUUCCUGGGAAGUCAACCUUCUUUGGCAGCUCAGAUGAGUUCAUUGAGAAGCGGCGACAAGGUCUGCAGCGCUUCCUAGAAAAGGUCCUGCAGAGUGUGGUCCUCCUCUCAGACAGCCAGUUACACCUCUUCCUGCAAAGCCAGCUCUCGGUACCCGAGAUAGAAGCCUGUGUCCAGGGCCGAAGCGCCAUGACCGUUUCUGAUGCCAUUCUUCACUAUGCUAUGUCAAACUGUGGCUGGGUCCAGGAAGAGAGGCAGGGCUCUUCUCACCUGGCUAAAGGAGACCAGCCGAAGAGUUGCUGCUUUCUUCCAAGAUCGGGCAGGAGGAGCUCUCCCUCACCACCUCCCAGGGAAGAAAAGGACCAUUUUGAGGUGUGGGCUCCUGUUGUUGACUGUGAAGCUUCUUCCUUGGAAAGCCCCCCUCUACCACCCUCCCCCUCACCAUCAUGCUGUGAUUUUGCAAGACCUGAUGAGGAAACCUCUGUUCCUCAGCCUGUGAGGAGGGCCGUGGGAGGGGACCAUGCUGUGCCUUUGGACCCUGGGCAGUUAGAAAGGGUUUUAGAAAAAUGAGCUCUGGUCCGAGCGCUGGGUUCUGCUGCGAGGCAGAGAAGAUUCUGGCAAGGAGGCUUGCUGGGGUGGGACGGGGCUCAGGGUAGGUGUUGGGGAGGCUGGGCCACUUAGUGUCUUACGGUCACCUCUGCUCAGGUUGGUGGCACAGAGGUCGGUCACCACAACUCCUCAAGUUUCCUCCAUAGGAUUAAACACUGGACGGUUGUAAGUUAGGCAUAAGGCCCGUGGGCUGUUGGCUUUGCACAGAAAUAUGGGGUAUAUUUACUCUCCUGGGAGCUGAGUUUCUUUAGAUGUUUGUUAAUGGGCCCGGGAGCAUUGCCUCAGGUUGACUGGUUUGGGGGGCCCUGCAGGUGACCACUGUGAAGCUGUCCUAUUGAAUACUGACCCGACAGAAAUGCUUGUGUAGUUGUAUUCCCACUGGCUGGGUUUUUGCUGCAGCCCUUGGAGCACUUUGUUUCUGGGAGGCUGGUCUCUUGCCUCCCUCCUUUCGCGGCCAAGGUGGUGAAUGUUUGUUCUCCCACCUCCUUGCUUUUCCUUCCCGAAUACCACUGACGGCUGCAGGUUCUGCCCCUCCCCAGCCCUCAGCCUGGUGUGAGGGGCCCAAGGCCCAGGACGUGGCUCAGGGCUGUCCCUGGAAGAGACCCGAGACCCGGUGGAAGCCAGAGGAAAGGCAACACCCCCGGGGGGGCUUUGUUUAAGAAAAGGCUGUCUGGGGCUGUCACCGUCUCCUCUGGCUAUAAAGCCGAGACCUGGAGGUCUUUUCUGCAGGGUUGGCCUGGGCUCCUUCCUUUUUUGAAUCCUGCUCUUCUUAGUAACAGCCCCCUGCCCCCAGGGCUUCAGCUCCCACAGUGUUCCUCUCCUGUGUGGCAGGGAGGCCGUAUGUUCAGUCCAAUGGGGCGCAAGGGCUUUGUUUGUGCCUGGAGAGAGGGCUCUGGGGAUGGAGAUGAGCAACCACACGCCUUCAGACAAUGAAGCAUUCUGCCCUCCCACUGCCCUAAUUCCUCUUCACCGAGAGCCCCAGCCGGGCCGCUCUGCCUGCUGUCUGCGCCUCUGUACUCCGUCGGCGGGUGGCUUUCCCCAUCUCUCGCCCCCCCUGCCUCCCCCCAUCCCCGGCUGUGGGCUCUUUUCCUCCUGGCCUCUGCCAUGGGCCUGUCCUGGCAUUGCAUUCGGAGUCGAGGGGCUUUGGCCUGAAAUAAAAUCCAAGUAUUUAA